UCCCUCCCUGGCACCAGCCAGGCGCAGGGUGACGGCUCCCCACAUCAGUCAGGGAGCUAUACAGCUGCUGGCACCCCUUUGUUCAGGGGAUUAAUUAGCCUAAUGGGGCUUUGAGCAGAGGCUCAGCGCACCACCGCGCUGCGGCCAGAGCCGGCCAGCGCUGACCUUCAGCCCCUUUAUGCCAGCCCAGCAGCGUGGCCCAUGGGCAAUUAUGGCCUCAUUAGUGCCAGGCACCCCGUCCAGUGAGUACCCACACAAUGGGGAGCUGCAAAUGAGGGGAAAGGCCUGGACGGUCUCCGGGCUACCGGCCCCAGCGCUCCCACGUCUCCCAGAGACCAGUCACUCCUGCUGCCCCAGCGUUAUUUUUGGCAGCCCUAUUGUGCUGGGCCCUAUAAAGCAGCAGUGGCAGUGCAGGGUGCUGUGCUGUCGGCUGCCCGAUGGGACAUGCCCCAGAGCCGCUCGGCCACCUGAAGACCCCAAGAAGGAUGCAGGUGCCCAACACCAAGCCCCGGCGAGCUGCCUGCCUCCUGCUCCUGCUCCUGUUCUGCUCCCUGGCUGCUGCCCGGCAGACCCUGCCCCACUGCUGCCGGCAGAAGACCUGCUCCUGCCGUGUCUACGACCUCCUGCACGGCAUGGGCAACCACGCCGCUGGCAUCCUCACACUGGGCAAGAGGAAGAGCGUCCCCCUGGCCUUCCAGAGCCGGCUCUACCGCCUGCUCCAUGGCUCCGGCAACCACGCUGCGGGCAUCCUCACAAUGGGCAAGCGCGGGCAGCACCCUGGCACCACCUGCCACGACUCGCUGGGCUGCCCUGCGGGCACGGACGCCCAGCCGACAGCGGUACCGCGAGGUGCUGACAGCAGCCCUGCCGGCCCCAGGGAGUGCCAGGGACACUCAGGGAAGGACCUGAGCUCGAGCCAGGCCCAGGGAGCUGCAAGGAGCUUUUACUGAAUGGGAUGGGGGCAGCGGGACAGAGAGGGGAUCCCUGGCAGGAUGGACUCCGGGGACACACAGCCGGAGCUCUAAAGUGUAAAUAGCACUUUUAGAUACCUCCUCCCAGCCCUGGCCCUGGCCCAGCCUGCUCAGGGCACCGCGGGCACCGCGGCCUUUUACAAUAAAUGGUAGCCUGAUGUCA